CCACAAGCACGGCUAAACUUUUUCAGAAAUGCUCCUGACUAUUAGCACCGUGAUCGCAUUCCUGGUCACAGCAGGCAAAGGAUGCCCUGUAGGACCCUCUCCUCCAUCUGAAAACUUAUCCUUGAGCUCUCUCGCCAAUUUCAACCUCUACAGAUACUAUGAUCUUGAGAAUAAGGACUACAAUAUGGAAUUUUUCUUGAAUGCUUUCAAGAAACUUGAUGAUUAUCCAAAUUGCACAUUAGCGAAGCACAUAGCGCUGGUAGAGACCAUACCAUUUCUGAUGGAAGACUAUCCGGGUAGAGAAACACGAACAGUGCGCAGCCUUGUGGAAGAAGCACUCGAGAAAUCAAAGAACACAGCUAUUGAGGAUAUAGUCAAGUUCAGAGUGGCUUACACUCUUCAGCUCAAUGCAAUUUUUUAUCUCAAUGCUCUCUUCAACAAAGAUAACUUAGAAUGGAAUAUCAAACUUAUAAAAGAAGAGGACGAAGUCGAAGUGACUGAAGAGAUGAAGAAAGAAGCUUCCAGAGAUCUCGGUGCAGUGGUACGUAUACUUCGAAAGGCUGUAACAACAGGUGACGUCCCCGAGGCUGACGUAAGGCACAGCCUAGGGCUCUUAGUCAUUGCGUAUCCUCACUCACCAGAGAAACUCCAUAUGCUUUUUACGGAGGGAUUCAACGUUAUAAGUCUGUGGGAUCAGAAGUUGCUGGAACACAAAAAUGCUAUUGACAAAAUCGCUUGCGAACCAGAUGCGGACGCUGACGAGCAGCAUUCAGUGGCAGACCGGCAAGCAGGUGGAAGCAGUGGCGGAGAGCCUUCUCCAGACGCCAAUCCUGGCGAGUUCAUGAACAGCACUUUGCCUGAGUAUUAUGUACACAACCAAAACUUGACAUACUGAAAGUAAAUUGACCCUUCGAGCUGAUGUA